AAUUGGGUAAUAUGCAAGAUUUAUUUGACACGAGCCCUGUUAUAUGGUGCAUUGUUCAAGCUCUUUUGUUUAUGGUUUCACGCACAGAUUCUUUGGCAAACCGUGUUCUAAAACUGCUAGCAUUUAUGGAGCACUGGAGUCAUUAAGCACAGUGAAUGGAUCAACAAGGAAGCCAAUAAAAUAUGUUCUUUGUACUGCCCUUAGUUCUUGUGCUAAAACCCGGAAUUGGCGUUUGGGUAUACAAAUCCAUGCUUCCAUGAUUCGAUCUGGAUAUGAGGAUAAUUUGUUUCUCUGCAGUGCACUUAUUGAUUUCUAUGCCAAAUGUUUUGCUAUUCUGGAUGCAAAGAAGGUAUUUAGUGGCAUCAGAACACAUGAUCAGGUUUCAUGGACUUCACUUAUUACGGGAUUAUCGAUCAAUGGACUAGGAAUAGAUGCUUUCUUGUUGUUCAAAGAGAUGCUAUACACCCAAAUUAAGCCCAAUUGUCUUACCUUUGUUAGUGUCAUUAGUGCCUUUGUUGGGCAAUUUGGUGGCCUUCAACAUUGCUCCGCUCUUCAUACUCAUAUCAUCAAGCAGGGAUGUGAUACUAACAAUUUUGUGGUCUGCUCAUUGAUUGAUUGUUAUGCAAAUCAGGGACAAAUUGAUGAUGCUGUACUCUUAUUUGCUGAAACUAGUGAGAAGGAUAUUGUUUUGUACAAUUCUAUGAUCUCUGGAUAUUCUAAAAACCUGUGUAGCGAAGAUGCAUUGAAACUGUUUGUAGAAAUGAGGGGGCAAAAUUUGGGUAUUACUGAUCAUACUUUAUGCACGAUUUUAAAUGCUUGUAGCAGCCUUGCAUUUCUUCUUCAUGGAAGGCAAGUGCACUCUUUUGUUAUUAAAAUGGGUUCGGAAAGGAAUGUGUUUGUGGCCAGUGCUUUGAUUGAUAUGUAUUCAAAAGGUGGCGAUAUUGACGAGGCUCAACGCGUGUUAGAUCAGACUUCUGAGAAGAAUAAUGUGUUGUGGACAUCCAUGAUCAUGGGUUAUGCUCAAUGUGGGAGAAGUUCAGAGGCUUUGGAACUUUUUGAUUGUCUACUGACCAAGCAAGAGUUAGUUCCUGAUCAUAUCUGCUUUACUGCUGUUUUAACAGCUUGUAAUCAUGCAGGAUUGCUUGACAAAGGGGUGGAAUACUUUAAUAAAAUGACAACAAAUUAUGGCUUGUCUCCUGAUAUUGAUCAAUAUGCUUGCUUGAUUGAUCUCUAUGCUAGAAAAGGGAAUUUGAGUAAGGCAAGGGAUUUAAUGCAAAAAAUGCCCUAUGAUCCUAAUUAUGUAAUUUGGAGCUCUUUCUUGAGUUCUUGUAAGAUAUAUGGAAAUGUAGAACUUGGGAGGGAGGCUGCUGAUCAACUUAUCAAGAUGGAACCAAGUAAUGCAGCACCAUAUUUAACAUUAGCACAUGUCUAUGCAAGAAAGGGUUUAUGGAAUGAGGUAGCUGAAGUCAGAAGGCUUAUGCAACAAAGGACAAUGAGAAAACGUGUAGGAUGGAGUUGGGUGGAGGUAGAUAAGUUGUAGAUGAGGUUACUCUUCAGCAAUCAGAUGAAAACUACAUAGUUAGAAAAAGUCUUAUCACCGGAUGUCAAGUUCUAUGCCAAAUGUUUUGCUAUUCUUGAUGCAAAGAUGGUAUUUAGUGGCAUCAG